CGCGUUUCUGAGGAUGCUCACUCCUUCGCCGUUGUGCUGAGCUCACUGAAGAGUUGCCAUGAGCAAAGCCCACCCUCCCGAACUGAAAAAGUUUAUGGACAAGAAAUUAUUAUUGAAGUUGAACGGUGGCAGGCAUGUACAGGGAAUACUGUGGGGCUUUGAUCCCUUUAUGAACCUUGUGAUUGGUAAGUGUGUGGAGAUGGCAACCAGUGGGCAACAGAACAACAUCAGGAUGGUGGUCAUCCAAGGAAACAGCAUCAUCAUGUUAGAAGUCUUGGAAAAAGACUAA